UUUCGGCACCGCGGCUCAUUGACGCUCGACCGAGGAACAUAAACACAGGGUGGCGUGUUUCCUGGUGGUACCUCGUACGAUUCACAUCCCGGAGAGAGUACUAGAUUUGCUGAAAUGUACUUAGUGACAUGAGUGCGAGGAACAUAACAGGCUAGUGGAGCAGGAGGUGACGGUAGUGGAAGGCGGAGAAUAUCGUCAGGAACCAUGGAGCUGUUCUACUCAGUGUCUGAAAAACGCUCCCUCGAUGAUACUCAGCAAACAUCACUGUACAGUGAUGGAGGUGCAUGUGCUGUCUCCUCCAAGAGUGUGGUGGCCUUCACACGAAUGACCACAAGGCAGGACAGCUUCCGCCAUCGCAUUCCAGUAUGUACAGUGUGUGUUGCGGAUUUAAACUCUCCAAAUGAGCCUCAUGUAAUAAUGGAGUCGGUGAGCAAGGUGAUCUUCCUAACAUUCAGCAGUGAUGGUUCCCAGCUGCUGGUUGUGUUAAGCAUGGGUCGUGUCCACCUCUUCACCAAGGGAGCCGGCCUCCACCAGUGGACCUCAUCUCACACCUGUGACUGGGAUGGAGAAGACAUAUUACACAUCAACUUCUUCCAUGGGGGAAUCAGGGCAUGUGUCCAAUCAGGAGAUGUAAAUGUUCAUGCUUCAUACACAGAGAAGUUCAUAGCUCAGCCUCACAAGCCAACACUGGUGGAUCAUGGACAGUGCGCAAUGAAUGGCUUUUUUGCUGUCUCAGCCUCAGGUUUGUUGCUAGUGUGUGUUUUAACACAUGAAGGUGCUAUCUUCACUGAAAAGAAGAUUGUGCUUGGAAAUACCCGGGACAACUUUUCUGUUGCCACUGCUGCUUUGGCUCCAACUGGACAUAUCCAUGUAGCCACUUGGAAGCCUGAAAUGAUCAAGUGUUGGCGAGCAGAACUCAAGAUGCUAGAUCAGGCCAAAGGAAGCAAAGGUGACAUCACAGUAACCAUUCAGGCAGCCCAGUCAUUCUGCCCUGCCCUGUCCAAUACCACUUGGCACACAUCUACAAAGAGUGAAGGACUUGUGCAAGUAACAUGCCUACGCUACACUGAGCUGGAAGACCCCACCAGCCUGCUGGUGGCACUCACUGUGGAGAAGCAAGUCAAGGCCUCACCUUCACAACAGUCCAGCACUCCUCCAACCUUGGGCGCAAUGUCUCACCUUGUACGGAGGUAUCAGCUUCAGGAUCAGCAGCGUCCCUUACUGAAGCCCUUCAAACCCAUGGCAGACACAGUUGGAAUUGCAACAAAGGAGUGGUUUUGCAUGGGGGAAUGGGCAUCCAGCAGUCCAAUAGUGACCCUCAGCACUGCAACCAGACACCUACUACCAGGCUCAGCUGCUGCCCACCUCCCCUUCAUCAUUACUGCAGCUACAGCAGAUGCCUACAUCUGUGCCAUAAACAGAGAUAACAUGCAGCAGUUAAGCAGCCACAAUUUGCUGAAUGUCAGAGGCGGGAAUGAAGAUGCUCCAGUAAGCAAACGUGUGGCGAGUGAGAGGCAAGUGGUCUCCCUCACUCACACCUGGAGUGGCCUGUCGCUUCUUGCCCUGGAUUCAAUGGGUAGCCUGCACUUUAUAACAUUGAUCCGUCCUGCAGAUAUUGGUCCACAGUGGGCAAUAUCACUGAUUUUGCUGCUAGAAUUUGCAUUGGUCAGUGGCAGUGACUGGUGGGACCUGUUAGUGUCCACACCACACUCGUCCAUCCUCAUGCUGACUGAUAAACUGUCUGACACCUUCCAGCAGCACUCCACUCCCAUCACACAGCAUCUCCAUAUACGAUUCCUUAUCAUGAAAACAUCCAUGCUGAGGCUCUUAGGUAGUCAGCAACAAAAGGCAAUAGAAUCCAGAAUACAAGCUCAGUUGACAGCCACGCAGCAGCUCUUCAGAACUCUUCGCCCAGUGACAGGGGAUGUUGCCACCGCUGAGAGGAAUAUAAGUGUGUCCAUCCAGAAUUACUUGGAGAGCCGUGCAUCGCUUGACAUCCUUGACAUAGAGAAGUCUCUUGACCAGCUGUGCAGUUCAAUGAAUGUCAAAGACUGCCAGGUGGACCCAGGACAGCUGCAGAACCUUCAGCCUCUCAUUCAAUUUGCAGCAGAUCUUGCAUUGUUUAUUCUCUUCAUGUUGGCACAGAAUAGCAAGUUUGAGUUGGCUCGUGAUCCAAAAAUAGUCCAGAGCUUACGAGAACUCCUAUUUGUUGCAAGACUGUGGUACCGGCAAAACAAGUUAGUCCUCCCUCAAAUGUUUCGCAAGACACAGUCAGUAGAUGUCUGGGCUCAAAUUUAUAAGCUACUGACAAGAGUGGCUCAGAUUUUACCAGGAGAACCAGACUCUACCUUGAUAGAUGAGUGUGUGUUGCUAGAGACCCAAGUUAUGUGUCAGGAACUGCCUCUGCAUGUUCCCCCAAGAGGUGUUCUGGCUGAUAUGGCAUCUUCAGCCUCAACACCAUUACAAUAUGAAUUUGUUAAUGGAGAGUCAAACAAUGUGAACACCUCUGGAGCUCAGCCUCGCAUCUUGGAGGGAGCCCUGCCCCCCCUGCCAUUGCUGGAUCCUCUUCAUUACCGCUACAUUGCUCCCCAGGAGCCAAAAUUCAACUGCACACGGUGCUGUAGUGUGAGAGCCAGCUGGUGGGGAGAUUCUGAAAGUGUGUGGGAUCAUCACUGGGCUUCAAAUUGCAUCUGCUCAGGACACUGGGCUCAGCCACCAACCUCCCCUCCUAAAGCUGCUUGAACACACUCAGUCCUACAUUAUUUUAAGUCUAAAUGUAACACAAAAGCCUGCUUUUUUUUUUUUUUUUUUUUUUUUUUUUUUUUUUUUUUUUUUUUUUUUAUAGCCUUUAUUAUAUUACAGUUGAUUUUUCAAAGUACUUCUCUCUCUCUCUCUCUCUCUCUCUCUCUCUCUCUCUCUCUCUCUCUCUCUCUCUCUCUCUCUCUCUCUCUCUCUCUCUCUCUCUCUCUCUCUCUCU